AUGUCAUCCAGCACUCCAGAUCUGUCCGAGUUCCUCGAUCCGCCUCUCUGCGCGAACACUGAUCGUAUGGUCGACAGCGAGAUCUCACCAUGUAAAGAAAAAGCUACGAUGGUUUGCAGCAAGUGCUUUCUAGUACAGGUAACCGACUGGAAACGUCACAAACCCAUUUGCACUUCCGAGCAUCUCAAAGAAACUUACCUGCCUCGUUAUGUCAAAGAAUGUCGCAUACCGUUUGGUGGACCGCCCGAUCAACCCGGCUUCGACAUUACUAGUUUCGGCUCGCUGCAGUACUUGUGGGGUAACAUGCCAGCCCUGGACAUACUCAACGCCGACAAGAACGAGGGUAAAGACAUAAUGAAACGCGACAUUAACCUUCUCUUUGCGGCAUCUGGUGAUAUGCGCAAUGUGGUCAAAACCGUCGUUGGGCUUCCCAAGGGCUACGCAGGCAAUUGUGUUGUGGUAAUGAACGACUGGAAUUUCACCAUCACUGCACGCAAUGCUAUGAUGCUCCUUGCCGCUAUGCACUUUGAGCCUGAGACCGCGCAAGUAUGUGACAAGAUCAAGCACAAGAGUACGGAACUAGAUCAGGCUAAGACUUUCAACUUUGGAGAUCGGUCAAUUUGUUUGGCUCUGAAGAAGGGAGCAUGGGUCGAACUUUCCAAGAUGUUCACUUCGCCCGACCAGCUGUCGUCACACCGAGCUAUGCAGAUUCGGCAGCAUACUACUUGCGCGCCUAGAAGGGUAGAUUUUGUUGAUAAGGCACUGUACCAGAUGCCACCUGGCCGGCGCACGGGUACUUGGAAAUUCCGCUUGGAGGGUCUUCUUGUUCCUUAUGGCACGUCUCGAAAGCCUUUCGUCUAUCCGAAUCCUACAUUCUUCAGACAGCAGGGCGUGUGGCCUAUGCUCGAUGACGCAGAUCCGCUCUCUGGCUGGUCGUAUAAUGAGUACAUUACUCACUCCAGCGCAGCAAAGAAUGACGUCUAUGGUGCUUUCUUCAACUUCCUUCGCAACCUUUUGCUGCAAUUCUGCAAGCGCGUUCGCAACAGCAAAAUUGUCUUUCGUCUGUUCAACGUCAAUGCUGUUAAUCUACCAAGCUACACAAAGGAUAUUAGAUUUGACCGGAUUGAGGCGGCCAACAUUUGCGAUCGUGCCUACGUUGGAAUUAGCCAGACCCUCAAAGUCUUCUCCCCUAUGCUGAAAGCAAAGGUCGAUAACCCGCACGCCACUAUCCUGAUGCUAUUCUUGAACGCAGAAGUUAUCCCGGACAAAAACGCAAGCUUCCUGCGUAUGUUACGCGGCGUUGGCAAACCUCGCUCCUUGAAUGAGCCACCGAACAGAGUCUUAGUGGAAAUGGUCGUUGUCACCGAUGCCAUGUCCAUGUUUGCUAACUUUGAUGAGCACUUCAACAAGUACCUUCAGCACCCAGAUCUUUUUGAGUCUGGCUCCAUGAAGGAUUUUGCGCAGAAGUAUGGUGUCCAGGUCAAAGCACAGCAUACCAUUGUCAAGCCUUGGCCUUGCCGAGUCACAGAUGAGACUACAAAGGCAGAGUUCGCCAUUUUACUUGCCGAGUCCACAACGGGCCAUGAACGCUACGUAGAGUUUGAGAAACUGGAAGGUAAUCCAAAAGAGACUAGUGCUUGGUGCAAAGACAUCAAGACAGCGUACAAGAAGCUGGCGCUCGCCCUUCAUAAGCUCAAGAGCAACAUCACCGAGAGCAAGCACCAAGAGACCGAGUUUCCGCAAGGUCAAGUGGCCAACGGGCCAGGGAGCGGAUUCAGCUCCUGGUGGAGAGAGGUCAUCGUCCAACAACAGGCCAGGGCUUGGGAAGAGGCCUUGAGGGCCGCUGGCUUUAGGGGUCAAGAAGAGGACCCAUUUGGAGGUCGGCCUUCAAGCCCAGUGCCCAUGGCACAUGGCCUCGAGGUCAUGAUGACCCAUCCAUAUACCGACCAGGGCUACCGCCAAUGGUCCCACCGCUGGAGCCCGCAGACUGGCGGUAUCGACUACUGCGUGUUCUGUCUUGCCGGGCACUCUGCCCCCAACACUCGUCGCUGCCCAGCUUGCCAGGCUGUGGCCUGUCCAACCUGCUUCAUCGCUGUCCGCAACCUCGAUCGCACAGUACCAGCACGUAGGGGCGACGGCACUAGGGCCCAGUACAUCGCUUCUGGUGGUUAA